CGAGCCGGCAGAGGAAAGAGAGCCGGCAGCGGCCAGUUGCGAUGCGGUGGCUCUGGAGGUAGCUGCUGGUUUCCGCGCCCGUCUAUCUCGCUCUCUCGAUCCCUCGCCAUGGAGAACCAGCUGGCGCGCUGCAAGAUCGUGGUGGUGGGCGACAGCCAGUGCGGCAAGACGGCGCUGCUCCACGUCUUCGCCAAGGACGCCUAUCCCGAGAACUAUGUUCCCACCGUGUUUGAGAACUACACUGCCAGCUUUGAGAUCGAAAAGCAGCGCAUUGAACUCAACAUGUGGGACACAUCGGGCUCAACCUACUAUGACAAUGUCCGCCCACUGGCCUAUCCGGAUUCAGAUGCUGUCCUGAUCUGUUUUGACAUCAGCCGUCCUGAGACCCUGGACAGUGUCCUUAAAAAGUGGCAGGGAGAGACACAGGAGUUCUGCCCAGGUGCCAAGGUGGUGCUAGUUGGUUGCAAACUGGAUAUGCGCACUGAUCUAAACACUUUACGAGAACUCUCCAAACAGCGCCUUAUACCCGUCACACAUGAACAGGGCAGUAUGCUGGCCCGGCAACUGGGCGCAGUGGCCUACGUGGAAUGUUCUUCCAAGUCAUCUGAGAACAGCGUGCGGGACGUUUUCCACGUGACCACCCUGGCCUCUGUCAACCGCGUUCACAAACACCUCAAGCGCAGCAAUUCAAAGCGAGGGCUGAAGCGGGUGGCGCAGCUGCCCGGGCGGACGGACUUGUUGACUGACUCUGAGAUCCGCAAAGACCGGGCCAAGAGCUGCUCGGUGAUGUGAGAGAGGAGGUUGAAAUAUAAUGUUGCCUGUCUUGUUCAUAUCUCUUUGUACAGUAACUGGUCCCAGAGAGGUCUCUGCCCUGCAGACCACAUUCCCGAGGAUGCAGGUCUGAGAAAACUAAGCCCUCCUUGAAACCAUCAGGUUGGAUAGGGAGGGAUCUGCCUGAGGUUGCUGUGCAUAGAGGGAGGGCUUCUGAAUGGGCCAGUGUUGCACAGGACAUAGAAAUGCUCAGGUAGCAGAUGUAUAUUCUCCAAAGAAAUGAGCACAUCCGUGUAUGUGGCACAGCAGGGGGGAAAUUCUUCAAAUCCUCCAAAGAGUUCAUUAUUUUGGAGCUAAUUUUGCAAGCAUAGGUGUCCAGGCAACUGGGUGUCUGGUAUUUUUGCAGCCAUUGUGUGUGGCAGUUGGGCUGCACACAUAGCAUGUGUGUGCCUCUGUUUGUGUGUGUGUUUGUGAAAUGUAUGCACAGGCAAGGCUUGGGAAUACAGGAGCUACAGAACGUUUAUCGGAGAGAUUAAUCAUUUGAGUAGACAAAAUGGGGUUGAUGAUUUGGCAGGGCAGGAUGAGGGCAUGUGGCUAUUUUGUGUUGUGUCAAACAGAAAAAUGCACUUAAGACUUUCAGGUGACAGAAGAGGGCCAUUUUAAGAGUUUGGAAAGUUUUUUGUCAUUGUACUUCCUAGAAUCACCCCAGCCAGCAUUGCCAUUAGUCAUGCUGACUGUAGAAUCAUUGGAGUUGCAAUCCAAGAAUAACAUUUGUGAACUCUGGCCAUUUUACUAUCCUAGAGACACUAUACAUUGGGCAGUGUCAGGUGAGGAGUUAGCCUUUUUUCCUGCAAACAGGUUGUGUUUCUAAUUGUCGUUGUGUCCUCCACUCCCAUGACAGCUAGAAAGCUGAGAAGCCAUGUCUGCAAGAGCCAUUCCUUCUUCCCCCAUUCCAUGGCAGUCUCACACUCUGAUGCCUUAAGUUUGGUUGCAUGGCACCUAUGUGUGCCUUGCUGGCUUCCUAUGAAGCAAAAGGAAGCCAUAUACUUUGCUGCACACACUCUGAUAUCACUGCAGGAAGACCGUAUCCCUCAUUCCUAUUUCCUUGUUCCUCUCAAACACGGUGCUGGUGAUGCGGAGAUGCAAAGCUGUUGUGAAGGAUUGCUCCACAGUCACUGACCCAGGUAGUAAAUUGACCAUGAAAUCACCAAGUCAAGAAAGUGUUGAUGACGUAUUGCUGUUUCAUCUUUCUGUUCACAGUGCUGCUUUCUGUAUGUGCAUUGUGUUUUCUUUGUACCAAAGAAUACUCCUUUGGGGAUUUAGGCAAAAUUUAUUUCACCCCUCAAACUCACAUCUGAAGUCCACUAAUAACUGGGCAUGAUGCUGGUAACUGGCCCUACAUCUCUGGAACCUCAGGAGCCAGGAGAUAAAUCUGGGUGUGUGUGGCAAUACAGCCAUGUAAAUGCCUCUUGAGAGGAUUUGGAGAAAUGAGCUGGUAGACAGUUGCACAAUUGUGUGUGUAUAUAUGUGCAUGUGUGUCUGUGUUAGAUAGAAACUAGGGAGUAAUAAGUCAUCUUAAUGUCUAUUAAAUAUCCUGGCAGUUCAGUGAGGUCAAGUCAGUAACUAUGGUCAAUGGACAAAUCUGUGAUGAGUGGAACAGGCAAAGAUAGCUGUUGGUUAUCAGCACAGGGCAUGAGAAAUGAGCUGGCAGAAUCAAGUAGUCUUAUGCUUAGUGAGAAAGAAGCUUUCAAAGAAAUGUGACAAGGCAUCUGAAAAGAUCUGAGUUCAAGGAAAGAUACAGGAUGGGUGAUGCCUGGUCCGACAAUAGUCCAUGAGAAAAAGAUCUAGGAGUCUUUGUGGACAACAAGUUGAAUAUGACCAAGCAGUGUGAUGCAGCAACUAAAAAAGCCAAUGGGAUUUUGGGCUGCGUCAGAAGGAGUAUAGUGUCUAGAUCAAGGGAAGUCAUAGUGCCUUUGUAUUCUGCUUUGUUUAGACCUCACCUGGAAUAAUGUGUCCAAUUCUGGGCAUCACAGUUCAAAAGGGAUAUUGACAAGCUGGAAGGUGUCCAGAGGAGGACAACUAAAAUGAUCAAAGGUCUGGAGACCAUGCCCUAUGCGGAGCAGCUUAAAGAGCUGGGUAUGUUUAACCUGCAGGAGAGAGGGUUGAGAGAAUACAUGAUAUUAAUAUGUGAAAAGAUAUAAGGGAGAGGGAGCAGGGUUGUUUUCUGUUGCCCUGGAAACUAGGACUCAGAGCAGUGGGUUCAAAUGCCAGGAAAGAUGAUUCCACCUGAACAUUAGGAAGAACUUCCUGACUCCAAGAGCUGUUCAACAAUGGAACUCUGCCUCGGAGUGUGGUAGAAGCUCCAUCUUUGGAAACUUUGAAACAGGCUGGAUGCCUCUGUCAGGGAUACUUUGACUCUGCUUUUCCUGAAUGGCAGGGGUUGGACUAGAUGGUCCAUAUGGUCUCUUCCAAAUUUAUUAUUCUAUUAUUCAUGGAAGGACUUCCACCAUAAAAUUGAUUGCCAUCAUUAGGAACAGAUGAAUGCAGGUAAAGGUUAUUUUUUCUAGAAAGACAAGCUGGUUACCUUUCACCACUAUUCCUUAUUCUCUUUUCUCUCUUGAUGCUGCCUUAACAACUCUUCUGUGAGGCCAGUACAUUUGGUAAAAUACUAAUAGGUGGUAAGUGGUUCUCAUUUUUGGCCUUUGGUUCUAUUCUCCAUGUGUUACGAUUUGAGCUGAUGCUGAGCCAAGGCUUAGCAUGAAAAAGAGAUCUUGGCACAUAAAUCUGCUCUCAAAUAAGCUCUGAACACAGAAGGAGUGUGAAAGCUUUUGGCAGUCAAAGACCCUCACGUCAAAUCGGGAAUUACAUCUUGUGUGCGAAGUGCAGUAGCUUUAGAUCAGCUUUCCCCAACCUAGUGCCUCUCGGAUGUGUUGACCUCAAGCUCCCACCUUCCCACCCUUCACAUUUCUGCAAUUGCAGCCGAAGACUCUGACUGCCCGACAGAGGAUGGCUGGUUUGGUGCCACUGCUUCCCUGGCUUCACACGCCGGAUUAUAAGAGGCUGCCUAUUCCACCCGUCUGACCAAAAUGGCCUGAUUGUUCAUGUGCUGGGUCUGAGCACAGCGACUUCAUUGUCCCGGCUUGUAAGCCAGAGCUGAGCAGCAGCUGGUGUUCCGGCAUUCUUCUUCUUAAAGCUUGAACUCUGUCUGGGAUUUGGACACAGGUUAUCUCAGGCUACAUUCAAGUGCCAUCCAAGUUGACAGCAAGAGUGUAAAACUAUGUCCUUCCCUAUCUGGCCUUUCUUUAUAACAACAGAAUGUGAAAGAUUAUGCAGGAGGGAACUUGGAAUCAUAGUCUCUCUGGCAUGGAAGACUUAAUUUCCUGAAUGUUUGUAAGGAAAAAAGCUGCCGGGGAAUUUUGUGGAUCACUGAAAUGAUGGGGAAUCUAUGACUGCCCUCCCAAACAGCUGCAUCCAUCAUCUGUCAUUUCUGACCACGUUGCCUGUGGCCAAUGGAAGCUGGAGUCCUUCAACUACUUCUAGUUGAACUGCUGCUCUGUUCUGAAAAAAAAACUGAGUUUGAUGGUAUUUAAAAAACAUUGCCUGAGAGAUGGGAGAGUUUCUCUCUCUAUGCUUGUGCUUUCGCGCACGCUCACUUCUCCCCGCAGUGCACAUUGUUAAUACUAAUUUGGUAGGUGUUGGCAGUUAUAAAGUAUUGCGCUGUGUGAGGGAGAAAAACAGGUCAUUCACUUGGCAUGAUUUGCCUGCUAAGCCAAAUAGUUCCUCAGAGUUUAGCUAUUUCGUCACAAGCAUUGCAGUAUUAUUAUUGAGCUUCUAAUACAUAAAUUACCUUCCCUGCUGAGAUUGAAAAAAACCUUAUUAAGGGAACAAUUCUUCCUUAUUGAGUUGUAUGUUCCCUCCCCAUCCCUCAAUAGCUUCUUAAUUCUGUUUUAUAUUCAGUCUGCAUUCUGAAGCUGGAUGCAAUGGAGACAGAAAGAGUUUCACGUUUGCCAGAUCUUUCCUUUUCUCGCCUCGCUUUUGGUCUCUAGAUUACCGAAAGCAUCUUUGUGUAUAGUCUGUUAAAACAAGUCCUAAUUCCAAGGAUUGAUUGAAGGCAGGAGUGGGAAAUGAGAGUCAUAUCCCCAUGAUAAGAUUUUGGUUGUUGCGUACUGGUAGUGGAUUGCAGCUUCAAAGCCUGACUUCCUCCUGCCUGGGGGAAUUCUUUGUUGAGAGGUGUUAGCUGGCCCUGAUUGUUUCCUGUCUGGAAUUCCCCUGUUUUCUGAGUGUUGUUCUUUAUUUACUGUCCUCAUUUUGGUGUUUUUUAAAACUGUUAGCCAGAUUUUGUUCAUUUUCAUGGUUUCCUCCUUUCUGUUGAAAUUGUCCACAUGCUUGUGGAUUUCAGUGGCUUCUCUGUGUAGUCUUACAUUAUGGUUAUUCGAGUGGUCCAGCAUUUCUGUGUUCUCAAAUAAUAUUCUGUGUCCAGGUUGAUUCAUCAAUUCCAGACAGGCAGCAAUCAGGGCCAGCUAACACCUCCCAACAAAGGAUUCCCCCAGGCAAGAAGCAGCCAGGCUUUGAAGCUGCAAGGCUAUUAAAUGCUGUCAAACUGAACAAUUGCAACAUUCACACUUGCCUCAAACAGACAAGAGUUCAUUCUCCCACCCUUGUCAUUCCACAGAUAUAUAAACCCCACUUGCCUAGUUUCCAACAGACCUCACAACCUCUGAGGAUGCCUGCCAUAAAUGUGGGCGAAACACCAGAAGAGAAUGCUUCUGGAACAUGGCUAUACAUCUCAGAAAAGUAACAGUAAACCCAUACCUGUUCUUGUGUGCAAAACUCUAGUAUCAAGGGUUGUUGCACAUCCCAGAGAAAAUUAAUCUUUACCUAGUGUAGCAACCCACCUAUUCUUUAUGAAUGAAAUAAAGGGAUGUGAAUCAUGUGUGACCGAGUAACACAACUGUGUUGUGCUUUCCUGGCUGAGAAGAGAGCCUUUGAUGCUUGUUAUUUCUGGUUAAGUGCAAUAGAGCUCACCACGAAUGACCCUCACUGGGGCAAGUUUCAAAUAGUCUUAAUCAUUAACUACACCUUCCCAGUGUGCUGCUUUAGUAAAAGCUGCAUAAAUUCCAAAAAAUCAACUAGCAGGGGGACCCAGGACCCAGGGAAUAAAUCAAAGGUUCCUUUUUGCAGAAACAACACGAGAAAGUCAUGCUUUCUCAUUUACAAAGGCUACAAGGGCAUUUAUAGCCUGUGAGGUUCGAUCUCAUCAUCCUUUGAUGGCUUCCUAAAUAUGUGCAUGUUUGUGAGUGUGUAAGGGAGGGAGAGGGGAUGGAUGAGGAAUUUAUAAGAUAUUCUCAAAAAUAAUGGUAUAUUGCUUGACAGAGCUCCUGGAGAUGUUCAAAGCCAUCUAGUCCAACCUCAUGUUCAAUUCAGGAUGCAUUUGCUAUAUCCCUGACAGAUGGAUACCCAGCCUCUUCUUAAACGCCUCCAGCAAAGGAGAUCCAACACUUCCUGAAGCAGUCUGUUUCACUGUCAGACCGUCCUUAUCAUUAGGAAAUGGCUCUGAAUAUUAACUCUACAUCUUCCUUAUCAUAUUUUCCAUUCAUUUGGUUCCUGUCCUUUAGAAGUGUGUAGUGUUUUUUGCGUGACAACAUCUCAGAUACUUGAAGGCAGCUAUUGUGUUUCUCUCUAACCUUCUUUUGGGUUAGGUCGAUGUGCCCUUUCAUUGUAGGAUUACGUUUUCAGAUGCUUAGUUAGCCUAGUCACUUGCUUCUGGACAUAGCAUUUGUUUAUUGAUGUCCUCCUUAAAAUGUACUAGCUAGAACUGGGCACGGUUUUCCAGAUACAACAUCACCAAAAUAGUAGAAUGAUUUUCUGUGACCUGGACGAAAUAGCCUGAAUCCCAGCGUCAGUCUCAUUGAAUUAGUAAAAUUAAUCUACAUGAUGAGUCACCAUUUUACAACUGAUUCAGUGGGUUUUCUGUUGCUGGGAUUAACCAAGAGAACUCAGACCUAUUCUUAGAGGAGUUUGAUACCACUGUAUCUAUCACAGCAGUUAUAGUUUGGUAAGGUAUUUAGUUUUUGUUGUUUAUUUUGCUACGCUCCUUCGAAUUGCAGCACUAGUGAUCUCCAGCAGAGGAUUUGAAAUAGCUCACCAAUAUUCAAAUCCCAGGAUUCUGUGUGAUGUAGUUUAAGAUUACAGAAGUGUUUACAUUACAUUAGAUAUGACAUUAGUUAUUGUUGUGUGCCUUCAAAUCAUUUCCAACUUAUGAUGACCCUACAUUGGGGUUGACAUUACAUUGCACUGGUUCAUGUUCAAUGUAUAGUCUACUGAGAUACCUAGAUCCAUUCCACAUGUUCUCCUGUCAGCCCAUGGUUCCUCCGUUAUAUAUUUACUUGUAUUUUCUUUCUUCCUGUUGAAUUUCUCUUAUUCAUUCUAAUGGUGCACAGUCCCGCAUAGAUCCUUUAGCAUUGUGAUUCUGUCUGCUAUGUUGUUGACUUUUCUUCUAACUUUCUGUCAUUGCUAAGCUGAUCAGCAUUCCCAUGAUACCCUUAUUUAAAUCUUUUUUAGAAAGCAGCCGAGGGUCUAUAAUAGAUCCCUUAUAGCAUCUCUCUCCUUGCUACCACAGAGCACAGUAAAGAGCACAUUGGGUUCAAUUUACUAUGAAGGUGCGCCUCUUAAAUCUUGUUAAUUUGGAAACAUGUCCUUUGAAUGACUGAGUGUUACGGCUGUAGAGUAUGGUUGUGCAACUGUGAUUUUUGGACCACAACUCCCACAAUCCAACCUUUGGUAUUCUGGCCAGGGCUGGUGGGAGGGAGAUGUAGGCCAAGCAUACCUUGAGGUCCAUAGAUGCUCAUUUCUGUUGUAUGUAUUGUUUCCCUGUGUCUCACUAUCUAGGUUGUAAGAAUUUGCAAAAGUGGACGAAGAACUCUGGAGUGAGUAAGAGGGAGGGGUCUGGUAUUCUUGCUUCUGCCUCUGAACUGAAUGUGUUUAAUGUGUAAAGAUAAGGCAGCCCUGCCUGCUAAUCCCCAAGAGUGUGAGUGUUGGCAGUUGUAACUCAACAGAUGGUGAAGGGAAAGUAUUCUUUCCAUGGUAUUCUUUGCAAGCAUCCUUGCAGGGUUCAAGCUUGUCACAGAAAAAAGAGCCCUGCUCCAAUAAAGUGCCAGAGUUGAAGAAGUAA